AUGCACAUCGUAUCACGCCCUGCGUAUCUUUUGUCGUGGACGUUGUUGUUGCUGUCGUGUGUUGUGUCUACACUAACAGAGUGGAGUUCUCUGUGUGUUCUCUGUCCCCUGUCCUCCUCCUCCUCCUCCUCGUCCCCAGGUCUCCCAGACUCUCCGUCUCGUCCGCCCCUCCAGUCAUUUCGCACGCGCCCCAUCCCGGUGCUGCAGCUCACCCGCUCGAGCGAGGAGGGGAGGGAACUGCGUGUGGUGGUGAACACGAACGACCCGGACUACGAACACGUCUAUUCCGUGGAGAACUACGAUGAUCCGGAAGAGGAGGAGCAGGAAUUCUAUCCCACAGUCACCUUCACCGAGGGUGAAACGAGCACCAUGGACCCAGUGCAAGCAAGACGACGCAAACGAGCUUCCUCCGACGAAGACCCCUGCCUCCUGCCCCUGGACGAGGGCACCUGCUCCCGCUACACGCUGCGCUGGUACUACAACCCCAAGGUGGCAGAGUGCCGUCCAUUCAUCUACAGCGGCUGUGAGGGGAACAGGAACCGAUUCGGCACCAAAGAGGACUGCGAGCUGGAGUGUCAGGACACCCCCAGAGAUGCCGUGGCGGAGCGAGGAGGGAGGUGAGAGUGACUGCGGGUUGCGAGGUGACCGCCGUCCUGUAAAGUUUACAUCCCGGACGCUUCACGAACAAGCAGAUUCCCCUUUCUCUCCUCCCUCGGCUGGGAUCGCUCCCUCAUUUCAGAGAAGAACCAACUCUCCCUGUCUCCCCCGAAUCCCGGUACAGAAUAUUCCCUACCUGACAUUCCAAAGAUGAUCGUAAUCCAUACCCGACACUCUGGAGGAAAUAUUCCCUACCUGACAUUCCAAAGCAAAUGUGUUCAGCUGAGUGAAAAUGAACCAGGCCAGUUUCACUCUCAUUCUCUCAACGUGGUCGGAGUUCGGAUUCCUGUUUUUAAUUUCUUUAAGAUGGUCCAGCUGAAAUGUCUCUUGAGCACUGAGAUGCUGAAACCACACAUUAUACAGGUGGAGUAAUCCCUUAUAAAAGUUUCCCAUAGUAAAAGCACACUAAAGCAUAGGUAAGCAUUGUAAAGAACUGCAAGGUAUAGUAAAGCAUAUUAAUAAAUAUGACAAACCAAGGUAAACUGUGGUAAAUGCAUAGGAUAACCAUGAGAAAAGCAUGAGAAAACUGCAAAAGUACUGAGCAGAAAUGGCACGGUAAACUUUUAUAAAGGAUCACACACAUUGAGUUAGCCUGAAGGGUAACAUUUGAACUCCUGUAACAAUCACUAUUCCCCUCAAUACCAAAUAUAAUAUAUAUAUAUAUAAUUUUUUUUUAGGUGACUAUUUUAAACUGUAUUUCCACGCUGUAUGCAAGCUUAAUAUUGUAUUUUAAAAAUACUUUGCUCGUAACAAUUUUUAUAUUUUACAAGCAUACUUUUAUAGAACCGGCGAGACUGAAUCUCUUUCCUCACGCAGUCAGAUCGUUGCCUUGUCUGCGUUGCAGUCCCUUGUGUAUUGCUGAGUGUGAGGGUUCUCAUUGUGUCCAGCAGGAACAGUGGAUCUGUGUCCUCCAGACCCACUCGCUUCGUUUAUUGGCCAUCCUUCGUAUUUGUUGUUAAGCAGGAACUCUUUUCUAGGUCCUCCUCCUUGUACAAAAUAAAAACGGUUCUGGCUUUUCAAACUCGCCGUCUAGGCUGUCCUUCCCUCACCUUUACAACUGAGUUCCAGUCAAUGGCAGUUCACUUCCACGUGGAGUGUUUUAAAAGCCGUUCGGAGGUGAAUUUUGUCUCUCAUCCGGGGAUAUUAAUUUGUUACCAACACAAAUACUAUACCAUUUGAACUUGUACAGAUUCAGGUUUCUCUGUAUGCGUUCCAAGUGUCCAGUUUUAAUACAGAGUUAGAGAGAGUUUUCGUUUUGCUUUUCGUUUUAGUUUUUUUUAACCCCACGAGAGAUGGUUGCAGACUUAUUCCUUGGCCUUGGUUGUAAUUUUGGGAGCUCUGUGUCAUGUAAAUAAAGAACCCUUUACAGCGGAUGCUACCUCCCCGUGAGCAGUCCUGUCUUGCAGUAGCCAGCUGUCCGAUCCACUGUGGCUGCAAUGAGCCUUGCUGUCGCUGCGCACUGCAAAGCCUCUGGAUGAGAAGGAGAUCUGUUGUUUUUAUUAUGUAUAAAAUAUAUCUCUUUUUUUUUUGUAACACUGCAUGUCUGUUUGUCACUGCGAACAAAUAUGGUGCUAUUUUGUAAUUUUUUAAUUGCAUUUUGUUUUUAAAUUAAGACGAAACGGAGUGUGUACGCUGUGUACGUGAUGUAAUUACGAAAACUGAGCAAAACAAACAGAAGUAUUGUUCCACAGUCCUUCCUAUUUCAAAAACUGUAAAAAAAAAAAAAAGAAAGAAAGAAAGAAAUAAUCCAAUUCCGAACAUGUGCAGCGUUUAUUUAUGUGUGUUGAAUAUUGAGAAGUGACACGAUUAUUAAGUAUGCACGCUGCAAUACAGUGAGUCAGAGAACAGGUAUGAUUAUGAAGACAGCAUGAGACACCGCAGCGUGCACAUGUAUUCGAACACCUCAGGAUACACCUGCCCUCAUUUAUAUCCUUUAUAUACCUGCCUGCAUGAAAACCUUGACAUUUCCGUCCAGGAAUCAGUGCUAUACAAACAAUAGGCACGCAUGUGUGAAAAUGUUACACCACUUUGUGCUUUAAUUAGGCAUCUAAA